UCCUCAGAGUACUUUUUAUCGUACAUGUCGUUUGUUAAUAAAAUUACCGAGAAAAGGAGAUAAGUAUCGCGCUCGGAGCUAUUCUAAAAUUCAAUUUUUGGAAGUUUGGAAGGUCCCGUCCACUUUUAUCUUUGCGUCUUAAAAUUUCAGAUGCUCGCCGAACUCAUUCUGAUGAGAUGGCGAAAAAAUCGCAGCGUUCGUUUCCGAGUGCAAUCCGAAUGCAAUGUCAGAAAUUCCAGAGGAUCCUAAAAAUACUCCAAGUGUUAUCUUGUGUCGGCCCGUGUACGUCAGCGAUACGAAAAGGAAGACGGCGAUCUGUAUGAGAGUCCAACGGUAACGGAACAGCAGGGUGUGCCAGAGAUGAGCGGGCACGCAACCCGUCCCAGAGAGGGUGGUCAAGCGGUUCUAGAACGUAUUCAAGUGUCCGUGCUGCCGAUUGCUGGGAAACACGUAACGUCGACAUUGCCUGCUACAUCGGCCCUGCCAAUGGAGAGGCAAGAUGUGGACGUUGCAAGCACACAGAAAAAAUGCACCGGAAAGGAGAUUUCAAAUACGCAAAGGGUCUGGACGAGUCUGGUGUCCGGGGCGAUAGCGGGAGCUUUUGCGAAGACCACGAUAGCGCCGUUAGAUCGUACAAAGAUCAAUUUUCAAAUUUCGAAGCAGCCCUACUCGGCCAGGGCAGCGAUAGGAUUCUUAACUUCAGCGAUGCGUACCGAAGGCCUUCUCAGCUUGUGGCGUGGAAACAGCGCUACCAUGGUCAGGAUAGUACCAUAUUCGGCGGUGCAAUUCACUGCGCACGAACAGUGGAAAAGAAUUCUGAGUAUAAACGGCGCGGAAAGAGAAAAACCAUGGGCGAGCUUUCUGGCCGGCGCACUCGCGGGUGUGACAUCGCAAACCAUGACCUAUCCGUUGGAUCUGAUGCGGGCGAGAAUGGCGGUAACCCUGAAGACCGAGUACAAGACUCUGCGGCAGGCAUUCUGGCGUAUGUACAAAGAGGAGGGAAUAUUGGCGUACUACCGUGGCUUCACCGCCACGAUCCUCGGUGUCAUCCCGUACGCCGGUUGCAGCUUCUUCACGUACGACAUGCUGAGAAACUUACUGACCGUGUACACGGUGACUAUUCCGGGAUUCUCGACCUCGCUCAUUUGCGGCGGCAUCGCUGGAAUGGUCGGUCAGACAAGCAGCUACCCACUGGACAUUGUGCGGCGGAGAAUGCAGACGUCAGCGAUCAAGGGCCAGCAUUAUCACACGAUCACGUCGACUGUCGUGAAAAUUUACACGGAAGAAGGAAUAAUGGCUUUUUACAAAGGCUUAAGCAUGAAUUGGGUAAAGGGUCCUAUUGCCGUCGGAAUCAGCUUUGCCACGCACGAUACAAUACGGGACACACUGAGGAAAGUUAUUUGUGAAGAUACAUAGGGCUAAUGGAACAAACAUUUGAAGUUUGGGGUUAUUACAGAAUGAUAUCAGUCAAUAAUUAUAAUUAUUAAUUAAUAAUGAUUGCUUGGCUGUUAUCCAAAUACACUUAUAUAAUUAUUAUUAUUCAUAAUUAUAUAAGUAAUAAUUAUAAAUAUUAAUCAUCACAUAAUUUCAUCAUUUAAUACAAAUUAUUUUAAUGAUGGAUAAACGUGUCAGCGUAUACCUUAAAACUGCGCUUGAUAAAAAGAAAAUGAAAACUCGUGCACAAAGCGUCAUCGACGGCAAGAUCAUAAAAUAAUAUUGCGGUAGAUGCAUUAUUAACAACACAAGAAGAGUAGUUUGUUAUUUUAUGAGGGCAUUUUGCCAAAAGCAACACAGGAAAUCAUUAGUACAAAUUGUUAAAUAUUAUGUACAUAUUGUUAUUUCAAACAUUAUAGAAAUCGUUGGAAAAGUUGGAGAAAUGUAAUAUGUGUAGAUGCAUAUACUGAAGAGAUGUAACAUGUGUAGAUGCAUACACCAAAUCGUAAUAUAAGCAUUGUGCAUUGGUCCGAUAAUAUGAAAGUAUGAUUUUUAGCUUUCUUAAUUAUUUUUAGAUAUGAUUAAAGAUGCGAUUUAUAUAAAAAUAUAAUUUUUCUUGCCUUAAUUGUCUUAUAAAUUCUAUGAUAAAAGCGAACAAGCUGUGGUAUAAUUUGCGUUCAAAAUCAUGUACAUAAUCGUGUAUAUGACAUUUUUUACUUUGAAGAUCAAAAUACUCAAAAGAAUGAUAAUUUUCUUAACCCUGUGUAAAGUAUAGAAAUAUUGUACAGUUUAUAAGAUAAAUUGCGCCUGAAAUUGAAA